AUGGCUCAAGUAGUAGAAUCAAUCGUCAACUCCACUGUCGGAGAUGCCAAGAAAAGGCAAAUGGAUGGAUUCACCAUCGAGCAAAAUAACAAAACUCCUCUCACCACUUAUUUCGGUACCAAGAUCGCUGAGACCGAUAUUUCGUUGAGAGCUGGUGCAAGGGGUCCUACCCUUCUUGAGGACUUCCACAACAGAGAAAAGAUCUCACAUUUCGACCACGAACGUAUUCCUGAGCGAGUAGUUCACGCGCGAGGAGCAGGAGCUUUUGGAGAAUUCAAAUUGCACACUCCUUUAACAGGACUCACCACCGCCAAGAUCCUCACCGAUACUAGCAAGACCACACCUGCAUACGUACGAUUCUCCACUGUAGGAGGAUCCAGAGGAAGCGCGGAUUCAGUCCGAGAUCCAAGAGGUUUCGCUGCCCGUUUCUACACCGACGAAGGUAACUGGGAUCUUGUAGGAAACAACAUUCCGGUGUUCUUUAUCCAAGACGCUAUCAAGUUCCCCGAUCUCAUUCACGCCGUCAAACCCGAGCCUCAUAACGAGAUUCCCCAAGCCCAAACUGCCCAUGACAACGCUUGGGACUUCAUGGGACUUCACCCUCAAUCGACACAUAUGCAACAAUGGGCCAUGUCUGACCGAGCUAUCCCUCGAUCUUUCAGACACAUGCAAGGUUUCGGUGUACACACAUUCCGACUUCUCAACGCUGAAGGCAAGAGCACUUUCGUCAAAUACCACUGGACUCCUCAUCUUGGUACUCACUCUCUUGUAUGGGACGAGGCCCUUAAGCUUGCUGGUCAAGACCCCGAUUUCCACAGAAGAGAUCUUUGGGAUGCCAUUGAAGCCGGUGCUUAUCCCAAAUGGGAGCUUGGUGUCCAAAUCGUCAAGGAAGAGGAUGAACACAAAUUCGACUUUGACUUGCUUGAUUCCACCAAGCUCAUACCCGAAGACGAAGUUCCCGUACAAAACAUUGGUACCCUCACAUUGAACAGAAACCCAGUCGACUACUUUGCUGAAGUCGAGCAAGUCGCUUUCUGUACUCAACACAUCGUACCAGGUAUGGACUUCACCGAUGAUCCUCUUCUUGCUGGUCGAAACUUCUCGUACCAAGACACUCAAAUUUCUCGACUCGGUGUCAACUUUGGUGAUAUCCCCGUGAAUAGACCAGUUUGUCCUUUCAUGACCAACCAAAGAGACGGUCAAGGUACCAUGUUUAGCAAGACCAACAGGACAGCCUACCACCCCAACCGAUUCGACACUUUACCAACAACUGAACCUGCAAAGGGUGGAUUCAAAUCUUAUCCUGAAGUUGUUUCAGGUAUCAAGGAGAGAAUGCACGGACCUAAAUUCAAUGAAUUCACCAGCCAAGCACAACUGUUCUACAACUCCAUGUCCGAACCUGAGAAGAAGAACAUCAUCUCCGCCUACCAAUUCGAAUUAUCCAAAUGUUACGAAACCAUUGUUCAACAAAAUGCUAUCGACCGAAUCAACUUGAUCGACCAUGAUCUCGCUCUUUCUGUCGCUGAAGCAUUAAAGGACGUUACAGUCAAAGACGCUGUACCUAAUCACGGUAAAAAAUCAGCUUAUCUUUCCUUGGUCGAGGGUAAAAACCAAACUUUCACUGCCAAUGGUCGAAAAGUUGGUAUCUACCUUCUUCCAGGUUACAGCUAUGCUCAAGUCGAACCUCUAAAAGUUGCACUUGCCGCUGCUGGUAUGAUGGUCAAAUUUGUUGGUCCCGCUACAGGAAAAGUAGAAGCUGGAAACGGUAUGACUCAAGUCGCCGAAUUCACUUUCGAGAACUCUCGAUCAACACACUUCGAUGCUCUCAUCUUCAUUGGUGGUGAUUCCGAUGAUUACCCCAAGAAGCUCAAGAACGGUCGACUCAUCCAUGCUGCAAGAGAAGCUUACAUGCAUCUCAAAGCAAUUGCUGCUACUGGUAACGCCGUAGGAUGGCUCACCGACCUUGCUCUUCCAGGAGAUUUACCAUCCGAUGCCAAAGCAAAGACCGAAAUCACUCAAGCAAACGGUGUUCUUCUUGCUCCUUCAGUCGGAACAGGUGCAGAAUUCUCCACUCAAUUCAUCAACUCAGUAGCCAAGCACAGAGUUUGGGACAGAGAGGUUGACCACAUCGCCGCUUAA